UUAAAAUAGGAAUUUCAGAAGGAGUUCUUUCGGUUUGACUAAUUCACAGAAGGCUAGGAACUUCCUCUAAUGUUCAAGUUGCAGUGAAGAAUUCUAGCAGAUUACGUACAGUGACGUUUACUAACACGCUUUGAUUCAUCUAAUAUUGCUCAAUAGUUCAUCCUUCUCUAUUUGACUAAGUGAAUACUCUUCCACGAAUCAUUGGACGAAAUCUGAAUUAUGUCCACGACGGUCGCGUUCAUGAUUGAAGAUGAGAAAAGAUACAACGGAACCAAAAGCCAACUAGAAAACACUUAUCAUUAUCAUGGACUCUCCGUUGUUGUACCAAUGUCUUUAGCACUCGUAGUUUUCAUUAUUUUGUCUGUCAUGGGAAAUCUUAUGGUGAUCGUGACUGUAUUACGACAUAAAGAAAUGCGAACCAGAACUAAUAUGUUUCUGGUGAACUUGGCAGUGGCUGAUCUACUAACUGCAGUUAUUGACAUGCCCAUCUCUUUAGUGACUAUGAUCCAUGGAGACUGGGUAUUGGGUGAAUUUUUCUGUAAGUUGAAUGGGUUCACUAUGGCUUUACUUCUCAUCUGUUCCAUCCACACUCUGAUGUACAUUAGCAUCUAUAAGUAUGUUUCCAUCACUCGACCUUUUAGCCAGGUGAUGACACACCAAAGGAUUCUCUUGAUGAUAGUUGUAACGUGGGGUUGGUCUGCUGUGUGUGCCACUUUUCCUCUACUCGGAUGGAACAAAAUCAUCUACAAAAAGGGUUCUUCACAAUGUGGCCCAGGUCUUCCCAAAAGUUGGAAGGAUCGCUCACACUCCAUUUUAAUUACUUUUUCUAAUUACGUAAUUCCUUUGGCAGUAAUGAUCUUCUGCUAUUUUUGGAUUUUCAAAGAAAUUCACAGCCACAUACAAAGAAUGCGAGAAACAUCCAACAUUCCUGUUGAGGACACAAUAUUUCAGCAGAAGCGGGUAUCAAUGACUCUCGUUUUGGUCCUCUCUUGUUUUCUGAUCUGUUGGACACCCUAUGUUCUCUACUCUACAACUGUAGCUUUUAUACAAGACAAAAGCAAAGUUCCUCUAGUGAUCAAUCCUAUAGCCUACUGGUGCGGUUACAUGAAUUCUGCCUGUAAUCCUAUCAUCUAUGCGUUCAAGACUCCUUCGCUUCGACAAGGAUACAAAGAAAUGAUGUGUGGUCGAAUGUCUUUCCAAGAAAGAUUUCCAAUCCAGCUAUUAACCAGAGAAGAAGAAGAAGACAAACAAUUUCUCUCGCGAUUUACCUGGAUUAGUUUACUCUUGCUCUGUUUCAUACGUAAACGACUUGACAAUCACUCUUUAAGGGCGGCUGAAGAGUUUCAAGAAGUUCCUGUAAGAACUAACUUAAAUACACCAGACUUAAGCGUACAAAAUAUGCGUUCUUCAAUACAUCUGCAACCAUCAAAUGAGGAGAGACGUGAAAAACAUACAGACACUGGAUAAGACCAUCAAAUUAAUAAUUUGAUAAUAAUCAAAACAAGUACCUGUUCGCUCUAAACAUCGUAUGCUGUUUAUAGAAAUAAAUGCCACGCCCACAACGGAUAAAACCAUCAAAUUAGUAAUUUGAUAAUAAUCAAAACAAG